AUAUUAUUGUGGGGCCCAUUAUAGAAUAAGUAUAUAUAUAUUGAAAAGCCCUCCAACUUCGCCAGAAUUUUCCAUAGACUGCCGUGUUCCUUUUUCACUUUGCAUUCGGGAAAUUGAUUGUUUUUCGUCUCUCUUUCGUAAAGACCGUCGAUAUUCAAUAAUGGCUGACAGUCAUGAUAACGAUAAGAAUAUCGAGAUCUGGAAGAUCAAGAAACUUAUAAAGGCACUUGAAGCUGCUCGAGGCAAUGGUACCAGCAUGAUUUCUCUAAUCAUGCCUCCACGGGAUCAAGUAUCUAGGGUCACUAAGAUGCUUGGAGAUGAGUUCGGAACUGCAUCGAACAUCAAAAGUAGAGUGAAUCGUCAAUCUGUGCUUGGUGCAAUCACAUCUGCUCAACAGAGGCUUAAACUCUACAACAAGGUUCCUCCAAACGGGCUUGUGCUUUAUACCGGAACAAUCAUCACUGAGGAUGGAAAAGAGAAGAAGGUUACAAUUGAUUUUGAGCCCUUCAGGCCCAUUAAUGCAUCUCUAUAUCUUUGUGAUAACAAAUUCCACACAGAAGCCCUAAAUGAACUUUUGGAAUCUGAUGACAAGUUCGGGUUUAUUGUGAUGGAUGGGAAUGGAACACUUUUUGGGACAUUGAGUGGCAAUACCAGGGAGGUCCUUCACAAGUUUAGUGUUGAUUUGCCCAAAAAACAUGGAAGGGGAGGACAGUCUGCUCUGCGUUUUGCUCGUCUUCGGAUGGAGAAACGUCACAACUAUGUGAGAAAAACAGCGGAGCUUGCAACCCAGUUUUACAUUAAUCCUGCUACUAGCCAGCCCAAUGUUUCAGGCCUGAUACUAGCUGGAUCAGCUGACUUUAAGACAGAACUUAGCCAGUCUGACAUGUUUGAUCCUCGUCUUCAGGCAAAGAUUUUAAAUGUGGUCGAUGUUUCUUACGGAGGGGAGAAUGGUUUCAACCAAGCAAUUGAGCUUUCCGCUGAGAUAUUGGCUAAUGUGAAAUUUAUACAAGAGAAGAAAUUGAUAGGCAAGUAUUUUGAGGAGAUCAGUCAGGACACCGGGAAGUAUGUUUUUGGGGUUGAUGAUACUUUGAAAGUUCUAGAAAUGGGUGCUAUUGAGACCCUUAUUGUGUGGGAAAACCUGGACAUUAAUAGGUACGUAUUGAAAAAUACCACAACUGGGGAAACAAUCAUCAAGCACUUGAACAAGGAGCAAGACACUGUCCAAAGUAACUUCCGUGAUCCUGAAACAAAUGCUGAAUUAGAGAUUCAGGAAAAAUUGCCACUACUUGAGUGGUUUGCGAAUGAGUACAGGAGAUUUGGUUGUAGUCUGGAGUUCGUUACCAACAAAUCACAAGAAGGGUCUCAGUUUUGCCGUGGUUUUGGUGGCAUCGGAGGAAUUCUCCGUUACCAGCUUGAUGUUCGAGCUUUUGAUGACCUUUCUGAUGAUGGUGAAGUUUACGAAGACUCUGAAUAGCAAUUAAGUAACCUCACAAAUACCAGUGCAGGAGUGGAGCAGGAAGCCUGCACUGGUGCGCAAGGGCUCUCGUGUGGCCCAGCUGCUCAUGUGCUUAGCGAAAAAUUACAGGGAGCUUGUCAGAUGGAUAACAUGAAUAAAGAAAUGGAGUUGCGAGUAACUUCUCUGCGUUUUCCUGAGCAAUAUGAAGGUGGUUUUCGUCUCACAAUUGCCGGUGAAGGAAUGGAGCAGCGAUCCGGCACUGGUUUGGUAGAUCUUGCGCCUGAUUCGGUUCUUCGUGUGCUUAGUGACGAAUCACUGGGAACUCAUCAGGUGGAUGUCAUGCAUGGAGAGAUGAAGUAUCCAGUAAUUUCUACGAGCUCGUUUAAGCUAUAUGAAGGUCGUUUAUAUCUCAUACAUGCCGGUUCAGGAGUCAAGCAGGAAGCUCGCAUUGGUCUUGCGUCUGAUUUGGCAACUCGUGCUUAGCGACAAAUCACUGUGAACUGCUCAUCAGGUCAGUGGGCAGAGACAUAGUCUUGUCCUUUGAUCGAUGCAACUUAUCGUAUUCUGCAUGCAAUGCCUCGAAGAUUGCAAAUAUAUGCAUCAUUUCCAAGUAAUGGCCUAUUACCUACGAAGUUUAGUACCUUUUAAGUACUAUUAGUAUCGUAUUAUCUAGGAAAUAAAAUACAGUAUGUUUUGCUGAAGUCAGUAACUAUGUAAUGGCGAUGACUAGAUCAUGUUUCGAGAUUUUUAUGACUGGUAUGUCAUGUGAUAGACCUAUUUACAUACUAUGAAUGGAUACUACUAUGAUAUUACCGACGAA